CGUGUAAAAGUGCUUGUAAAACAUCGCUUAGGAAAAGGCUCUGCACACAGCACUUCACCUGCGAUCAUUUCCUGGCUAUAAGAGACACAAAAACAGACGAGCUGAAUCACAUCUGGUGUAGCAGAUCGGUAUAACUUCACAGCGUGAAAUUCUGAGAGCUGAAAUGGAGGAAGUUGACAAUUAUUUUGAUUACUUUAAUGUAACCGACUGGUGUGAGGGGGAUACAAACUGCACCCCUUUUGUGUUCCCUACUGAACCGCCACUGUCCAGGAUUGGUUACCGGCAUUGGAUCACUCUGGUCUGCUACCUCAUUGUGUUCCUGCUGGGUGUCCCGGGGAACGCUCUGGUGGUGUGGGUGACCGCGUUUCGAAUGCCGAACUCUGUGAACGCACAGUGGUUCCUAAAUCUGGCCAUCGCGGAUCUGCUGUGCUGCUUAUCGCUGCCUCUCCUCAUGGUGCCGCUCAUCCAGGACCAGCACUGGCCUUAUGGUGCUUUGGGUUGCAAAAUACUCAGCGGUUUGCUCUACAUGAUGAUGUACUGCAGCGUUCUGCUCCUGGUCGUGAUCAGCUUGGACCGUUUCCUACUGGUGACCAAACCGGUGUGGUGCCAGAACCACAGAAACACGAGGCAGGCCCGCUGCGUCUGUUUGGUCGUCUGGAUUCUUGCUCUCCUCGCCGGUUCUCCUCAGUUUGCUCACAUGGAGAUAAAUGAAGUGAGCAAGGCUAAAAUAUUGUGCCAAGGCAUAUACAAUGGCUUAGGUCACGCAUGGUCCGUAACUCUUACCCGCUUUUUUCUGUCUUUUCUGCUGCCUUUCCUGAUCAUCUGUAUCAGCCAUUGGAAGGUUUACCUCAAGACAAGCUCUGGCCGAGGGCAAAAAGGCAGUGACAAGUCAGGCCGGGCGCUACGUGUCAUCCUGGCAUUGGUGCUCAGCUUCUUCCUGUGUUGGAUUCCUUUGAACAUUGUUGAUAUUCUUCAGUUAAUAAUGCAAAGACAACCCCAUCACGUUCAAGCCAACUUGCAUCUAGCCAAUGUGCUGACGCUCUGCUUAGCUUACAUUAACAGCUGCCUGAACCCGCUGCUCUACGUAUGUCUUGGCCGCGGUUUUAAGGAAAAUCUGAUUAGCUCACUGCGAAGUGUGUUUCACUUCGCAUCCGAGGCAUCGCCCCAUCGAAUCAGCAUGACUGCAAACAGUAAAUCAACCACAGACGGGUUCAGAGAGAAGCCCUUAUGAAAUUUUAGCAUGGAGAUAUGGAUCGAAAACCUAUUCAAAUACUACCCUCUGGAAUCAUUUGUAGGUUUAUAGAAAGGUUUAUCUUUAAGUUUAUGGCUCACUAGUGGACACGCUGCUCAAAAAUGAUGAACAAACUUGGUCACCAGUAACCAGUGUAGUAAACCUCCGAAACAUUCUUGCACAAAACAAACCAAUAUAUAACCAUUUCCUGUCAUAGCUAAUCAAAAACAGCAGUGCACAGUUCACUAUGUUAACAUGCACUAAUUUUCACUAAUUGGAAUUAAAUUUUAAUUCAGAUUCUGAAAGUUGUGUUUAUUUGAACACUAAACCUUGCAAUCCUAUUCACAUAUAUUUGUUUAUAUGCACAUUGUACCUGUUGCGAACAAAACUUUAAGUGCAUGAAACAGAGAAAGUCACUGCAAGAAUGUUGCAAUCGUCCUAUCUGUAAGCCCCGCCCACUUAGUUAAUGUUGUGAACUCGGACAAACAGUGUUGCUAACUGUCUUACAAUGACAGCUGUCAGUGUGAAAACCUUGUCUUUAUAUCUUUUGAUAAAUAUUGGACACAGAAGGACCACCAUUCAAGAGCAACUUAAAUAUUCAAAGGAGAGAUAUGAAAUAUUUUAAAAUAAAUAUGAUAAUGUGUGAGUAUUCAUUUGGAAGCAAGGGUUUACAGAUCACAAUGCAAGCGGGAAAAGCCUCAUGUUAUGUUCGUCACGAUCACAGACAACAACAUCCCGGAUCAAUGCUGUUUUCUGUGUCACAGGGUGUGGGAAAAUUUAUUUACAUUUAACCAGUUUAAUAUAAGAGACAGUGAAAUGUCAACCUUCAUUUAUGUUUUUAUUUUUAUUUUUUGUCCUACACUGUACACGACGUGAGAACAGUCCGCUAUUUAGAUUUGUACGCUAACAUGCAUGGACUAACUAACUUUUAACGUUAACUAGUUUUGGCCAGAGAUACCUUGCUGAAGCACAAGAUGACAUUAACUUCAGCUUGAACAGAUGAAAAUUGUAACUUGAUUUGUGUAUGACAACCAGAAAAUAAACGUUUUUGUCUUCAUUGUGA